ACCAUUGCGUACGAAGCGUGUCAUGAACGUGAACAAACAUGGCGGACGAUACAACACCAGUAUAAAGCAUGAAACUUGAUUCAGAAAAUGUCAUCUAAAGUGAUUAGCAGUGUUUAAUAAAAAAUGAUGCGUAGAUCGAGGAUAACGGUACGGCCCAAUGUACGGUCUGGUGGCAGGGGUCAGGCCACAUUGCAGGACAGCCAUUCUGUCCCGGGCAGUACGAACAGCUCUGAGGAUACUGCUGAAAACGAACAUAAGGACUUGACUGACUCAACAAACCAAUCACCAGAAGUGACAAAUAACGUAGAGGCCCAGUCUGCUGAUGCAGAAAAUAUUACCUCUCUGAUGUCAAACGAUGACAACAAUUCACAUCCAGAAAAAGCUUCCUGUAAUGGGGAUGGAUUAGACCAUAAUGGUAGCAGUAACAUUUUUGCAUCUUCUUUGGUACGCAGAAAACGCUUUUCUGCCAUGCCUAAUUUGACCAAGAUCCGGGUUACUCCUGCUAUAACUUGCACAUCUGCUAGGGGCCCCAGGUCAUCUUCUGUGAAGAGUGGAGUAGUUUCCAUGGCAGAGACCACGGCCAUCAACACUGAGAAUCAGCUGCGGCUGAAAGGCAGUGCCACCCAAGGCUUUAGAUACCCAAGUAAGCAGAAAGCUUGCAGUGAAGGAGCACAGCCUGUAAUUCAGUCUGUACCUUUAUCUUCGACGAGUCAAGAUCCUGAAGGUUCUCUUCAAGGAAAGAAAUCUAAAGUGAAAUCCCUUUCACGUCAGAGUAGUCAGCUUUCUGGCUGCCAGAAAUCACUAAACGAGGGAGUUCCUGGUGUUGAGAAAGCCCUCGCCUCCGAAUGUUGUAUGGGUAGCACAAAACUGUCACAAGGCAGUGUGUCUCUAGUGAAGGCUGUGUCUUCUGUGGCCACCUUGACGACCAAGACCCAGAGUGUUCCUUCAGAUCAUGAGAGGAUCAUUAAGGCCCAAAAGCUGAGAGAACUUUUAAAGCGGCAGCGAAAAAAAGAGCGGAAACACAAGAAAGGAAAAUCCCGCAUCUUUGAAUGCAGUAGUCCACAGGAUCACAGCAAGAUGACAAUGGCAGACCUCAUUUACUAUUUGCCAGAGACGAACCCGAUGAAAUCAUACCUGAUGGAGGAACCGAAGCAGAAUGAGAAAGAGAGCUCAUGGGCACCAACCAAACAGGUGGCUGAACAGCCGCAGGAAGCAGAGGAAGAGGAUGAUGUGGAGAACGGUGAUGAACAAGAUGAGCAGCUGGUGGUCCCCAGGGUGAAAGUAGCAGAAGAUGGCAGUUUGAUUAUUGAUGAGGAAAGUUUAACUGUUGAAGUUUUGAGGGUUCAAGGACCUAAUAUGGUGGAGGAGAAGGAUCCCAUUUUCGAGCGUGGUUCAUCAACAACCUACUCAAGUUUCCGAAAAGCCAGUUACACCAAGCCCUGGUCUAAUAAAGAAACAGAUAUGUUCUUCUUGGCUAUCAGCAUGGUGGGGACAGACUUCUCCAUGAUUGGCCAGCUUUUCCCUCACCGUAGCAGGUCAGAAAUCAAGAACAAAUUUAAGAAAGAAGAACGAACAAAUUCUUGUAGGAUUGAUAAGGCGUUCAGGGAAAAGCGUCGCUUUGAUCUAAGUUUCUUCAGCUCCCUCCUUGAGAGGAUCCUGGCUGAGGAGCAGAAAAAGCAGGAAAAGUCUAAAGUUUCUGCAGAGAAACAAGUUUCAAGAAAACCAAGGAGUAAGCAAAAAGUCCCAGAUAAGACCAAAGCCAGCGUGAAAGGCAGUACCAACCAAACUGCAGAAGAGGAGAUGGAUAGUGUGGGAGUAGAGGGAGACUUGGAGACUGCAGAGAAGGAGAAUGAAGACUGCUCCAACUUUGAGGCUGUGGAAGAAACUACCACGUCCCAGCGAAGAGCCAAAAAAAUGAAGAAAGGGGACACAGGACUGUCGUCCCCGGAAAAAGUGACGGAUGAAAGACAUUCCAGUAAUGAAGCAGGUGAAGCUAUGAACCGUGACGCCAGUGACGUGAUUACUGAAGUUUCAGCUGAUGGAGAUGUGCAAAGGUCAGAGAGACCAGACAGUUGUGCAGAGAGAUGGAAGAGACCUGUGAUCAAGCCAGCCCAGAUCUCCAGAGGGCGUUUUCAGAAGCCUGUCCCAAACCUUGGAUGGCGAGGGGACAAGAAGAUCUCAGAGCCAAAGGAAAAGACCAGUGAUGACAACACAACAACUUGUGAGGAAGACAAGGAGUAUGAUGGGCAUAAGACUAAAAGGUCAGCUUUGGCUGGGAAGAGGACGAGGGAGGCAAAGCGGACCACCCAGGUCCUGACCUCUGAUGAUGAGGAGCAGGCGAGCAAGGCUGAGGAGGAGCUCAGUGUCACGGCCAGGCAAGAACACAUGCUGAACAGGCCCACCCGGUCAGGGAGGAUCCCCAAGAUGUCCCAGGCCCUGCAGCAGGCUGGGGAUGAGGAUUCAGCUGAAGAGCCUUCACCUGUCUCUGAGACUCUGGAAAAGACGUCCCCCCAACAUCCGUGCCAGAAGCCGCCGGGGUCCAAUCAGAGGAAGGCCAAGCCUACAGUGGGCAGCAUGCCGCAGAGGUCCAGGAAGUCCAAGCUGGUGACACUGCGGGCCUCCCUGCCAGAGGGCCCUGUGGAGAACAGGCUGAGUGAGGCCCGGCCCGACGAGGUUUAUAGCUAUCCCACGAAUCCUGAGGAGCAGAACCAGGUGCCAGCCUUUGUGCCUCUCAGUUUGCGGUCCCCAGAGCCCAAGAGGCUGGAGGUGGAGGAAACCAUGGAGGAGCUUGAGAUUUUAGUCAAUGUUCCUGAUGCCCUGAGUACGAUAGAGCCUGAAGAUGUGCUGUGCCAUCCGUCAGAGUCCCAGGGACCACGGAAGGAGGUUCCGGUGCUACCUGAGUAUCAGCUGGGCGUGUUCGGUGGCAUGAUGAAGUGUUUGUCUCUAGAUCAUGUAGAGGUUUCAAAAUCUGAAGAGAGCUGCAAUGAGGCAGCGAGGACUCUGUUGACAAUAAGAAAUCCUGAAAUCCUGUCUCUACCCCUGUCCAUGACUGUCUCAGAAACCAUUGACAAAGAAGCCAAGGUUGGAACACAGGUUGCCUCUGAGCAAGAAAAAGAAACGCAGUGUAGUCCGCAGACGACAUCUACCAUGACCCCCGGCUCUCCAGGCCUCGGGCCGUCUAGGCUUGCGGGUUUGGACACGGUGCUGGAGCCUCAGAAUUCUCAGGGUCGCCUUCCUAAAAGGGAAGAGCCUUGCCCUAGAAAGGGUGUGCAGAAUCGUGCUGGCCGUACAAGCUGUGCUGAGGCCAAACUGGACUCCAUUCAAAGUACUUCGCCUCCCAAAAAGAGCCACUUCCAGAAACCAAAUCCCAACCUGGCACUUGCAUCCCGACCCGCUUCGUUGUGGCGAACUCAGAGCACGGUCACAAUGAGCUCAGAAAAAGUAGAAGUGGCUCAAUCAGAAAGUAAUGAAUCAGAGACAAUUUUCAAGAAUAGUGCUUCAGAAGAAAGCAAAAAUGAAGGAAUGGGGGUAGAAAACCCAAAAAAGAGUGAAACAUCAACUCCUGAAAUGGCUCAAGAGGCAGUUGUGAGUUCUGAGCCCAUAGCUCAGAGUGGACCUCAGAGCCGGAGAAGCCGGUUCCCAAAACCCAAACCAAAUCUUGGACGCGCUGUUCGGAACCUGCGGCCAACAGCGCAGAGCCCAGCAACACGAAGGACAGCAAACGAUAGCAAAUCGUCUCAGGAGACUCCAGCAAAUGACAAAUCAAGGACAGAUGUGGAAGCCAGAAUGGUCCCAAUAGCUCAAACUCCUGCUGAACAACUUGCAGCUGCCAGAAGUCCAAAGAUCCUUGGACCAAAUGAGACUUCUGUUGCAGAAGGGGAGGAACCAUCUGACAUGCCAGUGGACCCUGACCCUGCCCAGGAACAAGCUAUGAGUUUGCACACUGGAGACAGCUUCACAUUUAACAUGGGUGACUCUACUGAAGGAGUCUCAGGAAAACGUGACUUCACUCACAGUGAACCCACUAUUAUCCUGACCCUGUUUGAAAUCCCCCCGACCUCUGUCAACGAGUAUAAGUCAGGUUCUGCCCCAGUGGGUGCUGUCACUGCUGAGCUGCUCUCUCCGCUGGUGUUCAUAGAUGCACAAUCUGAACCACAAAGCAGUGAGGCUGUGGCCAUGGCUGAUGCAGAGGUGCCUGGGGCUGGCAGUCCGCUUUCUCAUUUUAUGGUCAGCGAGCCAUUGCAUCACUUGACCCAUUGUAGCACUGUAUAUGAAGAGCAUUCAUCUUCUGCAGUUCUCAAAGAGUCCAGAAGUCUAGACAAGACAGAUGAAGAAGAAGAGAAUGUCAGCCUUUCUUUGGUGUCAGUGGAGGAGUUGAAUGAGGCUCCUGAGGAGGAUGAUGAUGAUGAUGAUGGUCCCCCUCAGAAAAAGUGGAAAAUGCCCAUCAAGUCCAAAAAAGGAAAACCCAAAGUAAAACCUGGCUCUUUGAAAAGGGCAUCGGUUGAACCCACUAAAGAUGCCAGUGAAGAAUCUAAGAUGCCUCCUCAAAUCCUAGCCUUUCCCAAGGAAGAUGACCUCGCAAUGCCCAGUGCUGGUGCCCAGCACAACCCCCCAGCCAAGCAUGGAGGGGCACUUGGUGACCCUCUGCUGCAGGCCCGGGAAACUCCUCUUGGCUCCAGUGGCGAGAGGGAACCUCAGCAUCAUGUGGCACCGCUGACCUUGGAUAAGCCACUUAUUAGGCCUGGAAGAAAGCCCAAAGGAUUCCUCUCUUUUAUGUCCAACAAGACCACCACUGGCCCUGCCGGUACUUCAAGGACUUCCAGACCUGCACUGCAGGUCAACACUUCAUGUAUAGAAAGAAGAAAAGCCUCCCUGCAGGCAGCCAUGGGAUGUCCAAGAGAGCCCCCCGCCAUUAACACUCCCCACUCCACCACUGACACCGCCGCAUCUCCAAGUGUAUCGGCACAUAAGAUGGAGCCUCCAGAAGUCUCAAAAUCGACAGAAGGGAACUUCCUCUGUGUCAACCCCUCUGAUAAGACUGAGUAUAAAAAACCCACCAAUGUGUCGGAAUACUUCUUUGGGGACAUCUUCACAGAGGUGGAGGAGCCAGACUGAGAAGAAAGUUGGGUGUUACAUCUCUCUGACAGAAGCAUCCCUGGACCUGGCUCAUCAUCUUGCAUAUGUCAUGGCAUUUCACUUUAAACUGUUUCCCAUUUGAAUGUUUGUGCACAUGCAUGUCUGUUUAAACAAAUGCAACAUUUUAUCAGAAGUGCUGGUUGUAUUAAAAUUAGUAGGAAACUAUCAGUAUUCUGAGCUUAAAUGUAAUUUUAAUUGACAAUGGGUAAUUUUAUUACUUUUUGCAAUGUUAUGGCCUUUGGUCAUCUCAUCUAAACAAUUGCAUAUAAGCUGGCAACAUUAUUGAAAUGAUGAAAAGUAUUACAAUGUUGAGAACAAAAUUUAUAUCCUGAUACCUUAGUUGCAUUUUGAUCCAGCAGAAUCAUCACCUUUGGAUGACCUUAUUGAUCUAGCUGCAUCAUUUAGUGGCAAAUGAAAGCGAGUGAUAACUGUAAACACUAGUAAACAAAGCUAAUGCUAAUUUACCCAUUAACUUACUCACUUAUACACUGAGCCAGUACGAAAGCAUGCUUUCUAAAGGCCAAACGUGAAAUUGUGUUACAUUUAUAUUAAGUUUUUUAUUCUCUCGAAGGAUUAUGUAGCAUGCUUCUUGUUUUAUUGUGUGUUUUAUGUACAGUCUUAGACACUUGUCUUAACCGGCGUAACAUUUCCUGUAUGGUGUGAAGGUUGCUAAUGUGAUGUUUCAGAGAAAUUUCAUAGUUGUAAUAGAUCCAGAAUGCUUCAUACCAUACACUUACACAAGUGUACAUCAGUGUAUCUUCUGGGAGUGGUCUGUGGCUCAGUGGAUUAGGAUAUUGUGACUGUGAUUGUUAGGUCGCUGGUUCAAAUCCCUUAGUCGGCCAAGAUUUCACCGUUGGACCUUUGAGCCAUGCUUCAAUUUCUCCAGGGACUUUGAAUUGUACGUUGCUUUGGAGAAAAGUGUCUUCUAAUUAAAAUGUAAGUUAUGUGCUAGGUUCUGUCCAGAACAUAUUAGAGAUUCAGUGCAUUGCUUACUAUACGGGGAGGUUUGGGGCAAAUUUCCACAUUUUAAAGUUGCAUAGGAUUAAGCUUUUUCAUUUUGCUUUAAUGCAGGGAAAAAGUAAAGAUAUAAAUCCUAAACAUCAAAGAUAACAUUUUCGCCUAUUGUCUUUUUUUCUGUAAACUAAUUUUAUUCUAGUUGUCAUAUAAUUGUAACGUUUAUAUGUCCUGCUAUAAUGUUAUAAAAGUAUUAUACUUUAAAACUAGAAAAGAUAGGAUGAUCCCUCAAGAUAUCAUACCUGAAAAGCAGCUGCCCUUCAACAUGGUAUUAAGUUUCUUAUAGUUUCUUAACUUCCUAAAUUUUUCAUUUGCGUCGAAGAUUUGUGUAAUUUCAUCCUAGAUAUUUGGAGGAACAUUGACUGGACACAAGUGUGAAAACAAGGUUUUGACCAUUUCAGAUCAAAAAUAUAUUUGUUUCAUUUUAUUUGCUGAGUACCUAAGAUGUAAUUUAUGUAAAUUGCCAAUAAAGAUUUUGGAGUUAAAAAUAAA